CUUAGUGCCCUGUGCAACCGAGCCCUCACUGUUAGGGGGCUGGCUAUAAAUUGACGUGGCAUGGAAAAUCUCGGCUAAAUUGUUGCAGCUUGUGUAUUUCUCUAAGAUCAAGCACACUCUCCUGAAGCUGUCGCUUGAUCAUGGGUUCGAUGCUUCUGCGUAAAAAUGGAUAAAAAAUAUUUUCAGCUUUCUACCGGGGACCCAAAAGUUUUCUCCUUGAGGGUUUAUGACUUAACUGUAAACAAAAUCCAGGCAGUUAAGUUGGUGACUUUCUUUUUGCAGCUUGAACAACAGAAUUUGCAGCGCUUCCCCCCCUUUCCUGCAAUUUAAUCCCUUGAGGAUCUUGCCAUGGGGUGCGGACUUAGAAAACUAGAAGACCCUGAUGAUAGCAGCCCGGGAAAAAUAUUUUCGACGCUGAAGAGACCACAAGUGGAAACAAAGACAGACUUUGCUUAUGAAUAUGUAUUGCUGGAUUUUACUUUAGAAGCUUCCUCAAAUCCAGAAGUUAUCAAGAUCAGCUCAAUUUUGGAUAUAGCACCAAAAGUUGAAGAAUAUUAUGUCAAAGGCUACAUAGUAGGAGCUGUUCACCCCGUUAUAUUAUCUGUUGGACGAAGAAGACACUUGCCAGCAAGCCAUCUGUAUAGAGUUGUACUGUCUCGUUUAAAAUUAAGCCAGACACAGACAACACCCAAAGGACAAGGCCGACCCAGGCUCAUCAUUGAGGAAUGUCCCUUGACGUAUGAAACUCUAACAAAUGAAGGAGCAAAAGGGUUGAUAGAAAAGAUAAAUGAAGCUGCUAAAAAAGGAAUGAAAUUUGUUGGAUUUAUAACACAACGUUGUACUAAGUCUAAAGUUUGCAAUGGCACCAGCCCUGAUGGAGAUGUAGAAUCGGAAUCAACCCUAUACAGAAUUCAAGGGCACCAGAGACACAAUUCAGAUGAAAACUGUAAAACUUGGAAUGAAGGAACUUUGAGUGGGCAGUCUUCUGAAAGUGGAAUUGAAGAAGAAAUUCACCAUGAAAGUGGAUCAUGGCAAAUGGGAAGAGAAGGAAGUCCUGUUCCCUCUAAAUCAAGAAAGGGAGAAGACAACAAAUUAUAUACAGUCUUCAAUGUUUUUGAUGAUGAAUCAACAUGCUGGACCUAUCAGGAAGGCAUUCUAUCAAUGAAAGUCACAAGAAAAGGAUCCGUAAUUAGUACACUAGAUGCUGACUGGCUAGAGCUGACUACAUUUUAUUAUAAACAAGGAUUGUCCUUAAUUGAUUCUUUUGUAUCCUGGGAAACUUCUAAAGAUCAUUUGUCCAAAUCAUUGGAAGGAUUAUUUAUAUAUGAAGAAGAAGGUUCCGGGGUGCCAGGUUCUAACAGGAAAGGAAAUGAUGCAAUUGUAGUAGAACAAUGGACUGUCAUUGAGGGUUGUGAAAUUAAAACUGAUUAUGGUCCCUUACUACAUACUCUGGCUGAGUUUGGAUGGCUUUUGACAAGUGUACUUCCGACACCCAUAUUAAGACAUGACAGUGAAGGAAAUUUGGCUACAAAGCAGGUUGUAUUCCUUCAAAGGCCUGUUAUGUGGAACUCAGCUGUCCAAACACCAGAGAAGAAAUCCAUGAGACAGAUAAAAACAAGGGAAGAGAAAAGCAAGGUAACCAGCCGGAGCAUUGGGUUAGACACAGCUACUUCUCGCCCUGCAGAAAGUAAACACCUGUCUGAGGAAUGUCAUCUCUCUCCUUCUCAAGACCCUUGGACCAGAGAAGGGACACCAGCACCCUACGGCAGCUUCUCGGGAGUCAGCAGCAGUGACAGUGUUCUGAGGGAACUAGAUGAUGGACAAUAUGAUCAGGAGGACGGGGUGACGCAGGUCACUUGUAUGUGAGCCAGGAGAUAAAUGAAUUCAAAGGACCUGUAAAUAAUCAUGGAAAUUUAAUUCAAUUUUGAAUUGAGUAUAUUACUUCAUACACUUCGAUAUAAUGCUCUAUGUUUCUCCAGACUUGUGUAUUUUUCUCCUCUACGCUGGCUUUGGCUAUUGCCUCUAAAUGCUGAAGAACUGUUAUUAGUAAAUUUGAUCAUUAGAGUUGUGUUUAUACUCCUCCUGUCAACUAAGAACGUCUGUUCAAAGUGAGAUGUCAUUAGUUUGUUGAGAAAUAAUGUCCUUCCAUUUUACAUUUUGUAUGAAUUACAUACUUUGACAUUUCCUAGUUAGGCUCACUUCAGUCAACUACUGUUCCAGAAUAAUAGUCCUUUGCAAAACUACUCAUCACUGCCCCCCCCCCCCCAACCCCUACUAAAGAUCCUGGUCCUAAAUUAAAGAAUUUCCUAGUAGUAAUUUUCCUUUAUGUAGAAAUUCACCAGUUUAUCUUUAGUUGCAGCAUAUAUGUAUUUUAUAGUAACCCCUACUUAUUCAAAUAUUUCUGUAAAAAAUGUUCCUUUGCAUAUGUCUUUGCUCCUAAAAAUUCCAUAUUAAAUAACUUCAUUUAUCUGAGAUACAGCUUCUCCAGAAAUCCAGAAAAUAACUACAGUAGAGCAAUAUUCACUUGAGUUCAAUACAAAAACAACCCACACACUCAAAAUAAAGAGGGGGGUGGGAUUUAGAGAUAAGUGUAAUUUUUUUUUUUUGCGGGGUAAUGGGGGUUAAGUGACUUGCCCAGGGUCACACAGCUAGUAAAGUGUCAAGUGUCUGAGGCCGGAUUUGAACUCAGGUACUCCUGAAUCCAGGGCCAGCGCUUUAACCACUGCACCAUCUAGCUGCCCCUGAUAAGUGUAAUUUUUUAAUAAAAAAAUUGGAGAAUAAAAAUCUAAGUAACAAAUAAGUGAUACCUUUGUCUUUAGAAUUUAAUAGCUUUUCCCUUUUCUUCUCAUUAUCUAAAUCAAGAAAUCUUUGAAACUUAACAUUUUCAGGCUUAGCAGUUCAAUAACAGAAGUGGACCAGUACCCAGAACACUUCAGAUGAAAUACUUUGACUUGCUGGUUCCAACCACUGACUUUUCUUGUCCUGAGUAAUGUAAGUGGGUGCAUUUGCCAUUAUUCAAACUCAGACCUGGACUGGUGAAGAUUAAACUCAUGAAAAAGAAUUUUCAAAAAAAAAAAUAGAAAAGUAAAAAGGAAUUUUCAUCCACUUAUGGCAGGAGACUUGGGAGUCAUAGAAUUUAAGGUAUUAUUGAACCUUCAGGAGAAUUCCAACUAGCUUUAUCUCUGGAUUUUUGCCUGUUGUUCAGCAUAUUGACAUUAAUACUGAGUUCUAAAGAAGGCUUAAAUAAUAAAACAUCAUUUAAUUGACAUCAGAUUUUUGUUUUAUUGGCAGAGUAUAGCUAUUGUAUGGAUAUAUGUAUAUAUUUAUGUAUGCAUACAUUAAAUGUAAUUAUAUGUGGAAUAGUUGUAUGUCACAUGGUGUUAAAGAAAGUCCCACAAUGAAAUCUGACAUUAUCUAUGAUGAGCUUAAUAUGAAAUUGUUCUCAUGUCAAUAUACCACAUUUUCAAGAAGAAAAUCUUCCUUCAUUAUUAUGCUUCAGCAGCUGCAAACAAAACAAAACAAAACAAAACAGGGGUAGCAAUCAUGAUCCCAGAUAAAGUUAAAGUUACAAUAGAUUUAAUUAAAAGAGAUAAACAGGGGGCAGCUAGGUGGCACAGUAGAUAGAGCCCCAGGCCUGGAUUCAGGAGGACCUGAGGUCAAAUCCAGC